AUGAAAAUCCAUUAUAUUAAUAUAUUAUUGUUUGAGCUUCCAUUAAAUAUAUUGAUAUAUAAUCAAAGGAACCAUAACAGCACCACACCACAUCAUCCACCAAAUACCAGGCUAUUAUGCGAAUGUGAAUUAUAUGCACCUGCCACCUAUGACGACGAUCCACAAAUGAAAGAAGUAAUGGUUAAAUUCAGUAAACAGACACAACAAAGAUUUGAAGAAUACGACGAAAGGAUGAAAACUACACGCCAAAAAUGUAAAGAUAAAUGCGAUAAAGAAAUACAAAAAAUUAUUUUAAAAGACAGAUUAGAAAAACAAAUGGAACAACAGUUGACCACAUUAGAAACAAAGAUAGAUACCAAUGAUAUACCUACAUGUAUUUGCGAAAAAUCAAUGGCCGACAAAUUGGAAAAAGAAUGCCUAAAAUGUGCACAAAAUUUGGGGGGGAUUGUUGCACCCUCUUCAGGAGUAUUAGUAGGAAUUGCUGAAGGUGCGCUAUAUGCCUGGAAACCUACGGCAAUCACAGCUGCAAAAAAAGCGGCCUUAGCUGAGGCUACUGAUGCCGCUAUUGAAGCUGGUAUGAAUGCUGUCAGCCUUAAAAUUGAAGAACUGGGUACCGUUUUUAAACCAAGUGAAGGAUUUGUUAAUUUGAGUUCAAUUGUUAAUAAAUUAACAUAUAAUAAUGGUGAUGCUUUAGUAGAAAGUGCUAAGAAUGUAAUAGGUGGUUUGUAUUCGAAUGGAAAAGGAGGAAAUACUAUUUUUUAUAAUACGACAAUACACACGAAGAGUGGUACAUUGUACGUUGGGAAUUUCGGAGAUAUUGGUAGGGCUGCACAUGAUGCAAAGUUGGCAUCCGAAACAACAGCACUUACAAAAGCAAAGGUGGGUGCGGUAGAAUCUACAUAUGGUGGUUGCCAGACUGCUAUUAUUGCUUCCAUCGUUGCAAUAGUAGUUAUAGUUUUAAUUAUGGUGAUAAUAUAUUUAAUUUUACGUUAUCGUAGAAAAAAAAAAGUGAAUAAAAAACUGCAAUAUAUCAAAUUAUUAAAUGAAUAA